AUGAAUUUUGGAACAGAAUUAAAGGAUCAAGUUUCUUCAGUUAAUCAAUUUGUUCAGAGUGGUAUACAAUUUUUAAAUGAGUUUAAGGAUUUUAUUAAAGAGCGUGCUCAAAUCGAAAAGGAAUAUGCACAGAAAAUUGAAAUACUUGUUAAAAAGCAUUCAAAUAAAAAGGAUAAAAAGGCAUUAGCAAUGACUGUUGGUGAUGUUUCAACUUCCCAAAAAGAAAACGAUAGUGAAUUUGAUGUUGAUUCUAGUACUUUCUUAAAGGCAUGGUCAGUUAUUUUAGACGAAACAGAAAAUAUUGCAAAAGAGCGGGCAAAAUUUUCGGAUAUAUUAUCAACGCGUGUGAUAGAGAAAGUGAGGACAGUAUCUGCAAAAAAGGAAGAAAUUCGAAAAAAGCACAUGGAAUUCGCACAAAAAUUGAUUAAUGAAAGGGAUAAAGCGUAUACCGAAAGGAAAAAAUCUAAGACUCGUUAUGAUGAAUGUUGUGUAGAAGUUCAAAAUUCUCAACAAAAACUUGAACGAGCAUCGGAUGAUAAAAUAUUUGAUAAAAACCUUUAUAUUUUGGCUAUACGUGUUUCUAAUGAACUCAAAAAGAAAUACUACCAUUCGGACGUGCCCGCCCUUAUCAACCAAUUACAAGAACUUAAUGAAAGUAGGAUAAUAGCAGUGAGAAACAUUUGGGAUGAUUAUAUGGGUUUUGAGUUAGCUUUGUUAAGUGAUUCCAAAAAUCAUGCUGAUAUGGCACGUCUAGCAAUUAAUAAUAUUGAUAGUCACGCGGAUUCACAAUUAUUUAUAAGAUAUAACAAGCGAAGUUGGGAAGAACCUACAGAUUUUGAUUUUGAACCUUCCUCCAUAUUCGAGGAUACUGAAGAAUUGAUCAAUGAUGAAAAUUCUCAAGUUUACCUUAGCAACAAACUUUCUAAAGCCAAGCGGAAUUUGGAGAAACUAGCUUUAGAGAUCGAGUCCAAGAGAAAAGAAAUUGAUGGUAUGGAAUCUUUGAAAGAGGCAUAUGAAAAUAACUCAAAACUUGAUGUUGGAUCUGAUCACGAAAUUCAUGAUUUCAAAAAUGCAUCAUUUGCAAUUCCCACAACUUGUGAUUUAUGUCAAACUACCAUCUGGGGUAUCGCAAAACAAGGUUUUACUUGUAAAGAUUGUGGUUACAAUUGUCAUGCAAGAUGCGAAAUGAAAGUUCCUCCUACUUGUACUAAACAAAGAGGUAACAUUGUCAGAGGAAUUGCUCAAACAUUCUCAAAUCCAGGAUCACCUUGGGGAACUCUUUCCUCAAGGUCUAAUAAUACAACAGUACCAUUAACUCAGUCUAUAGCAGAUAUAACAGAUAGAGAAGGGGAUACAUGGAAAGCAGAAGCUUUAUAUGACUAUAUCGCUGAUACCGAAGAAGAGCUUAGUAUAUCAGCUGGUGAUAUUAUCACAGUUUUUGAAUUGGACGAUGGGUCCGGGUGGGUUAAGGCUUUUUAUAAUGGAAAGGAAGGAUUAGUCCCAGCAUCAUACAUCGAAUAUCAUGAUUUUGUUCAAGUACUCUAUGAUUAUGAGUCACAAUCACCUGAAGAAUUAACAAUAAAAGAGGGAGAUGUUAUUCAGGUUACUAAUAGAGACGUUGCUGAAGGAUGGUGGGAAGGCAUACUUGAUGGCGUAACAGGUCAAUUCCCUGCAAACUAUGUGGCUCCAUUAGAAUGA